AUGAAGAUCUAUAUCUCGACCGGAACAGUGAACCCAGGCGAUACAUUUAUGAGGUGGCGUACUUUCAUUUGGACGCGAUCUACGCUCAAGAAGAUAAACUUUGCUCGUGGCAAGCUACAGUUCGAUCGUAGCUCUGUCCCUCGCCAGAUCAAUUUGCAGGCGUUGGAGGACUUUCUCAAAUUGGCUCGCCAGCUCGAGAGCACAUCUUCCAGCCGCGAAGAACAUAGCCUACAAACGCAAGUAAACGGGCUUCCGAGUGGGUCCGAGCAGCAGCACGCUGCUACUCAUCACCCAUCGGCCAACGCAGUCAUCAUCCACCGUUACAAUUCCACUGCUGGAGUUCAACUCGAUCUCAAAAACACAGACUCUGGUGAGUUCCACAUUCAUUUUCAUGUAGACAAGCUGAAAAACGUCUCUGGUCUUUCUGGAAUGACAGCCGGGGAGCUGCUCCGCACGCAGCCUGCUUCUUAUGGAAGUACAACCAUUUCGCCGAUGUCCGCUCAUCCUGUGAAGAUUGUUGUUACUGUUCUACCAUGAUAUCUAC